GGCGUAGCGUUACGCGCUGUAGAAAAUACCGGCGUGAGGAACGAAAACGUGCUCGGAGCCUGAAGAAGAAGAAGAGGAAGAAGACGAAGACGAAGAAGAAGACGAAGACGAUAAUCAACGGAUCUGGCUCAGUUGUUCUUUUUUAUUAUUAAAUUAAAUUCGCACAGAUGGAGACAACGUCGCACAAACGCUACAUUUGCUCGUUUCCUGACUGUUCGGCGGCUUAUAACAAACAGUGGAAACUGGACGCACACUUGUGUAAACACACGGGAGUGAAGCCGUACGCGUGCGGGCACGACGGCUGCGGUAAGUCCUUCUGCAGCACCUACCACCUGACGAGACACGGCCUCAGUCACAGCGGCAGCAGACCCUUUGAGUGCGGCGUGGACGGCUGCGCGGAGGCGUUCACCACCAACUCCAACCGAAACAGACACGUGAGCCGCGUCCACGCGCAGGAGUCCAAGGUGUAUGCAUGCAAGUUUGAAGGCUGCGGCCUCGAAUUCAAGAAGAACAAACAGCUCAAGUCACACAUGUGUGAGCAGCACACACAGUUGCCGCCUUAUCAGUGCACGUAUGAUGGCUGUCACAUGCGCUUCACCUUCCCCAGCAAGCUGAAGCGUCACGAGAAGGUUCACAGAGGUUACCCCUGCCAGGAGGAGGGCUGCACCCUCACGGCUAAGACGUGGACGGAGCUCCUGAAGCACAGGAGGGAGCAGCACGAGCGUGUCCUCAAGUGCGACCAGUGCAGCAAGGUAUUCAAGGACUCGUGGUUUUUGCAGCAGCACCAGGCCGUCCACUCUGAGGUCCGGGUCAUCUUCAGGUGCCCGAGAGAGAGCUGUGACAGGUCGUUCACCACGACCUUUAACCUGCAGAGCCACAUCAGGUCCUUUCACGAGGAACUGCGGCCCUUCUCCUGCACGCAACCUGGCUGCAGGAAGAGCUUCGCCAUGAGGCAGAGCCUCGACCGCCACUGCAUCGUCCACGACCCUCAGCGGAGGAAGCAGAAGGCGCCAAGACCCAAAAGGUCUCUUGUCUCCAGGAUUAGUGGUUACAGAGAAACCAAGAUGUGCAAAAAAACGCAGGAGAGAGCGUCUGCUCAGACCCAGACUGGUCCUGGUGCACCUGUGGAGCUGGUGUCCCUCCUGCAAGAUGCUUCGUUGCUAUGCGUCCCACAGCAGGUGGACACUCAUGGACUCACAAAUGUCCUGACUACACAUCUGACAGUGUAGAGGUCAUUGCUGCAGGAGUGUGAGCACAAACAAAUCUCAUGACAAGUGUGUCUGUUAAUGAUGAGGCGUACCUGCAGGAUGAAGCCUGGUUCAGGUGUUCACUCCCUCGGUCUGUCUGUGUGGACUUUUUAAGUGUGCUAUUAUGAGGUACUGACAGUUGUUGAUGAUCUGCCUCCAUCACGAUGUUCAAAUGUCAUUUUGUGAAAUCUAUCGUUCAGAUUUACCUCAGUGUCUUAAACUGACCACACGAGGCAGCAGUAGAUCUAAAAAUGCAAAAUGUUAAGAUGGUUACUCAUGUUGAGCAUGUUGUUUUGUUUGUUUAUGUUUAAACUGCGAAAGUUAUUGUUCAUAUAAAUAUAAAAAAGUCUGGGUUAAGGUUAUUUUCCUCAGAGUUCUCCAUUUUGUUGUAUGUGUGUUCAAGUUAUUUAGUUUGUUUAAAACCAAAAUAUAGAGGUUAUGAAUUUGA